AUGUUUGCAGUAUACUUCACCACCAAUCUGCUACUGCACUUGUGGCUGAAAGAACUUGUGUGUAAUAAUGUGCAGGAUCUUGUAUGUAAUAGCGCACAGCAGCUUGUAUGUAAUAGUGCACAACAGCUUGUGUGUAAUAGUGCACAGCAGCUUGUGUGUAAUAGUGCACAGCAGCUUGUAUGUAAUAGUGCACAGCAGCAUGUGUGUAAUAGUGCACAGCAUCUUGUGUGCAAUAGUGCACAGCAACUUGUGUGUAAUAGUGCACAGCAUCUUGUGUGUAAUAGUGCACAGCAGCUUGUAUGUAAUAGUGCACAGCAGCUUGUAUGUAAUAGUGCACAGCAACUUGUGUGUAAUAGUGCACAGCAUCUUGUGUGUAAUAGUGCACAGCAGCUUGUAUGUAAUAGUGCACAGCAGGUUGUGUGUAAUAGUGCACAGCAGCUUGUGUGUAAUAAUGCACAGCAUCUUGUGUAUAAUAGUGCACAGCAGCUUGUGUGUAAUAGUGCACAGCAGCUUGUAUGUAAUAGUGCACAGCAUCUUGUGUGUAAUAGUUCACAGCAGCUUGUAUGUAAUAGUGCACAGCAGCUUGUAUGUAAUAGUGCACAGCAUCUUGUGUGUAAUAGUUCACAGCAGCUUGUGUGUAAUAGUUCACAGCAGGUUGUGUGUAAUAGUGCACAGCAGCUUGUGUGUAAUAAUGCACAGCAUCUUGUGUAUAAUAGUGCACAGCAGCUUGUGUGUAAUAAUGCACAGCAUCUUGUGUGUAACAGUGCACAGCAUCUUGCGUGUAAUAGUGUGCAGCUUAUCAAACGGAAUUUCCUCACAAUAUAA